CAAUUAUAUUAUACAAGGAAUUGAUUAAUUGAAUUACAGAGGGAGAGAGAUCAUGAAAAGAUCAACACCGGCAUCAUUCUUCACUUCUCUUCUCCUCUUUUUCUUUCUCACCGCUCUUACAAGUGGAGUACUCGGUAGAUCUCAAAAUAAAGGCUGCUCUUCCUCUUGCGGUGUCCUUGACGAUAUCCACUACCCCUUCCGCCUACAAAGCGACCCAGAGUGGUGCGGUAAGCCAGAGUUUGAGCUCAUCUGUGAAUCAGGAAAAGAUGCAGUCUUGCAUAACUUGUCAUCUAAAGACAAGUACCUGGUCACCGAAAUAUCAUAUCACCAAUCGCAAUUCAGGCUCGUCUAUGCCGGUUAUGUCACAGGUUCUAAUAAAUGCGUGCUUCCCAGUGCACACUUCCCCCUAAAUACACUUUACCUCAUCCAAAUGUCACUUUGGCGAUUUAGUUCGACUGAAGAUGCUAGACAGCUUGAGUAUUAUAUGUUUGGAGAAUUGGCUAGUUUUAUGAGCUGCAAACAGGAAAUUCAUAACGAUCUUUACAAGCCCAUCCAUUGUCUUACUGGGGACAAUAACUCGACUACAUACGUCAUAGUUGGCGACGAUAAAUAUGAAAUACGCAACCUCGAGAACUCAUGUAGAUUCGUUAACUUUUUGCCAGUUGACCGAGAUUCUGGGUACAAUUACAGUGAUAUAUUCGAACUCCUAGCGAGAGGAGUCUGGGUUUCCUUGGAUUUGACAACCUUCAACAAUUUCGAGAGCUGCUGGAAAGAAAGUUGGUCACUUGCACAUUAUAUAUACCGCUACUUGAACUCCCCUUACAACGUGAUACUUGUUCCGUUCUACGGCGAAUUUGCUUUUUUAAGUUGCGUCUACGUGGCGGACAGUGCUCGCAACCAUAAUCACGUUAUCUUCGGUUUUACAGUGGUCUUAGUCAUUGCAAUACAUAUAGCUCUUUGUCAGCUAGUUUUCAGAUUUGUGAUGGCACCUCUAUCAAUUUAUGUAUUCCUCGCAUACAAUUAUUGGAAGACAAUUAGAAAGCCCAUCGACUCAGUUGAAAAGUUUCUGCAAAUCCAGCAAACUCUAACUCCCACACGCUACGCCUACAGCGACAUCAUAGCCAUGACCUGUCACUUCAGAGAAAAACUAGGCCAAGGCGGAUUUGGUUCAGUGUACAGAGGAUACAUUCUUGGUAAAUUCCCUGUUGCCGUCAAGAUGCUUGUCGGCAGCUCCAAGUUCCAUGGCGAAGACUUCAUCAGCGAGGUCUCCACGAUCGGCAGGAUCCACUGUAAUCAGUGAAAUGGAGAGAAAGUUGUCCAUGGUGGGACUUUGGUGCAUCCAAAUAAAGUCAAGUAGUCGGCCAUCCAUGAGCAGUGUAAUAGAGAUGCUUGAAGGAGACGUGAAUGAGCUACAGUUGCCACCCAAGCCUUUCUUUUCCUCAAUAGAGCCAAGUCCGAGAGAAUUAGAAAUAUUCUCCUCCGCAAUUUCAUCUUCUGGAGAAGAAGAACUACAUGAACAGCAGCAUACUUUACGUCCCAACUAUUCCGGAUUGCCUUCAUCUUCGAUACAACUAUCUGUCAUCUCAGAGCAUUCUUAAACUUAAUAGGUGUAUAUAGUUCACCUAUUACUAGAAUUUUAGCCAUCAUCAAGGUUGGAAAGUAUAUGUUACUUCGAAAUCCUUCAAUUUGUAGUUUCCUUCGACAACAUAGUAAGGCUAUAGUAAAUGUUUGUCCAA